UCUUUUUCUUCUUCUUCUUCUUCUUCUCUUCUUCUUCUAAUUUGAUAUUGCUUCUCUGACUAUUCUGCAAUAAAACACACUGUCUUAUGCUAUUCUGCAUGCCCGAGUUGUAUUAUUAAAUCCUUUAUGAAUUAGCUAACGAUCUUUCAUAGAAAACAGCAAUAAUUAGAACCCCAAUCUCUAAACUGUUGUCGCCCCAGCUAUCACUUUAUCUUGGAGGAGUGGAUGACGGCCGAGGAAGACUCACUGGACAAGCUGAUCGAGUCGAGCAGUGUCAAGGACUUGGAGACUCUGAAAAGUUUGUUCUUCAGCAACGCCAAGCAACACAUCACAGACGAGCACUUGUGGGUCUCUGUCUUUGUCAGGCCGGACAGGAACCGUUUCAGCCGGGUGGAGCGAGUGGGGUGUUGCAUAACCUUUCUCCUCCUGGCCAUGAUCACGUGCGCCAUGUUUUACCAAGGGACGCAGGGGCUGGAUCGGGAACAGCCGCACAAGGAUCUGGAGAUCGGGCCACUCAAGCUGAGCUUUCAACAGCUGUACAGAUCUCUGGCGUCUGCUGUGAUCACGGCAAUCCCAAUGAUCUUCAUCGUGCUCCUCUUCCGAAAAUCUCACUGGACCAAAAAAGGCAAAACCUCCUGCUGUGGUCGCGGGAAAAAGUACAACGACAACGAGGGUGGCGACGGGGACGACGAUGAGGAAGAUCUUGUGAGGUUAGAGGAGGCAAUGACGGAGAGGUCAGAGGCUGAAGGCAGCGAGACGGCGAAGGAGGGUGAUGGACAGAAUGAUGAAGUGAAUGACGAGACAGGAGACGGGACGACGGAAAGAAUGUCUGGAGAUGUCGGCCGUGACACAGUUUCUGAUGACAAGGUUUACUCCAAAAAAGAUACAGGGGGUUUGGACAAUCCUGCCUUUGUGAGGGAUGAAAGUUUUGACAGAAUUUCCGAACGAAAAUCCCCGACAACUGAACUUGAAGGGAAGCCGUACAAUGACAAAGAGGAAAAACCUGACCCCCCUGGAUGCUGUGCCAAGAUGCCGUGGAUGAGAAAACUGGAGAGGCAACUGGCAGAGCUAGAGAAAAUACUCCUCACCAAACCAGACGCUCUCCAGUUCUCCGACAGCUGGCCCUACGCCUUUAGGUACGUGGCUUGGGCCAUCAUCGUCUUGACCAUCUUCACGUGCAGCUUCUUCGUUGUCCUGUACAGCAUGCAGUGGGGGAAGGACAUCUCCGAGGAGUGGCUGUCCACCUUCUUCCUCUCCUUCCUGCAAUCUCUGGUCGUCGUAGACCCUGUUAAGGUUGUGAUGCUGUCUAUGCUGCUGGCCAUCUUCAUACGGAAGGCCAAUGUCCAAAGUGUGGAUGAGCUCAGUCUCCGGGUAGUGUCUGAUGUCAACAGAGAAUACGGGAUCAAAGAAAAGACGGACCCACCCCGCUCCUACGUGUCGUACACAUCCACGAUGACGGAGGAGGAGCUGCGUGAGGCCACGCUCAAGAGAAAAGUGCACGUCAUGGUCCGCACAGUUCUGCGUGAGCUGGCCAUGCACCUGGUGCUCCUGCUGCUCGUCUGCAGUCUGUGCUACACCAACCGGGGCACCAACGACUACCACAUGCACAGGAUGAUUUACAACGACCUGGUGGAACCCAAGUACACGGGCUUCAAAUAUGUGAACUCGACGUCGGACUACUUCCACUGGCUAGAGAACGUGGUGACUCCCUGGUUGUUCCCCGACCAAAACUACAAGGGCGAGUCCAUCAUCUCCGAGGACCGCCAGUUCACCGCCGUCUGGGAUCUCUAUAGGCUGGGGGCGCCCAGGCUCCGGCAGUCGCGCAUGCCCAAAACUAAAUGCGACUCAACCCGUAUUCCAUACGGGCCGUGCGUGGACGAGUACUCUAUCGAGGACGAGGACACCACGGAGUAUUGCUUGGGCUGGACCAGCACACCGUGCCCACAAGUUGACCAGCUGAGGAUCACGGCUGGCUCCUGGUACUUCCAGUCCGCGCUGGACAUCUGGGGUGUGCCCAUAGCCGGGGAGUACAGCAUCUACGGCGGGGGAGGGUACAUCGCCAACCUGGACAUCAACUCCAUGAUUGCCCGAGCGACGCUGCAGCAACUGAAGAAAUACCUGUGGGUGGACAGACAGACCAGGGCUGUGUUCCUGGAGUUCACGCUGUACGCGCCCAACAUCAACCACUUUGCCUAUGUCAUCUUUUUGGCGGAAUUCCCGGAAACUGGAGGAUUUGUGCGCUUUGCAAACGUUUAUCCAUUCCAAGUCUACAACCCUCCCGGUUUUCUCGGCACGUACAUCCAGAUCUGUGAGAUCCUGGGCAUUCUCUUCACCGUCAUCGGCUUCUUCUACGUCGUCCUGGUGUUCAGCAAAGAGAAACUGUCGGCUCUCAAAGACUUCUGGUUCAUGGUGGACGCUCUAGGGGUUCUCGUGGCCGUGCUGGCUGUCUCCAUGUACUCAACUCGUCUGACGUUUACAAAGACCGCAAUCGCCAAGAUGAAAGAGGACCCGACCAAGUUCGUCAACUUCCACCAAGUCGUCAUUUGGGACACGGCUUUCGUCGUCUGCUUGGCUUUUCUCGUCUCCAUUGUGUGCUUUAGACUACUGAAACUUGCAGGCUAUUCCAAGAAAACGAUGAGGGUCUACGUGGUCUUGAAAAUGGCUGCUCACGACAUGCCAAGCUUCUUUUUCUUUAUGUUUCUGUCGCUGGUGAGUUUUGCGCUGCCUGCUGUUCUGUUGUUCGGCAAAACGAGCCACCAGUACAAAAGUUUUGUCAACAGUAUGGCGACCAUGUUUACAGGAAUUCUUGGCAACUCCGGUUUCAAGGAAACCAACCUACCCGAGACCGAAAAGUACAUCACGAUCAUCUACUUCUGCCUGUUUGUGUCCGUGGAGUUCAUUCUGAUGAGCAACCUGCUCCUGGCCAUUCUGCUUGACCUGCUGACCGUCAACGCCCAGAGAGACAGUCCGGCGGUCCUCAGUGACCACGCCAAAAUCUUCUCCGUUCUCUGGGCAGCCAUCUUGAAAGCGCUUGGCGUGAAGCGAGAGCCCACCUCGCUGCUACAGUCCGGAAAGAGAUCUGAAGCGCGCCGAGAGGAGCGUCGUGCUGAGCCAGACUACGACGCGUGGAUUAUGAGGCUUGGUUACAGUAUUGCUAGGGGAGCUGUUUAA